GUCCGGCUCCCGACGCGUAGGGCCUCCGCGGUCGCCGCGGCUCCUGGCUGCUGCGGCCUCCGAGUCGAGCUGCCCUGUUCGAGGACUGUUGUCAGAUUACUGCCCUCCAGAGGCGAUGGGUGUCACCAGACCCCACUGGGACCCUGCCAGGCCCCAGCGCUCAGCCUAAGCCGAGGGCCCUCUUCCAGCCCUGCUCUCUGUUGGCCAUGGCCAGACUCGGCUGCUGCCCGCUUGCCUGGGGACACAGGGCACCCAGCCCCAGCCCCGAGGGGCUAAGCCCAGCCCUCUGGCCUCACCCCACAGCAGUUCUUCAGGCACCAGCUGCUUUUCAGAGAAACUGAUGCCACAGGAGAAGCCCCGGCCCAGCCGUCCACUCGCCAGGCACUGCCUGCUCUGAGACCUGUGUCCUGGGUCCCCGGAGGUGCCACUCCUGUGAACACCUGCCCUGCCCACCCCCGCUAUGUGUGAGGUGAUGCCCACAAUCAACGAGGGGGACCCGCUGGGACCCCCGCAUGGCGCCGGUGCUGAUGCCAGCUUUGAGCAGCUGAUGGUGAACAUGCUGGAUGAGCGGGAGAAGUUGCUGGAGUCCCUUCGUGAGAGUCAGGAGACCUUGGCGGCCACGCAGAGCCGGCUGCAGGAUGCCCUUCGUGAGCGGGACCAGCUCCAGCGCCACCUGAACACGGCCCUGCCCCAGGAAUUUGCCACUUUAACUCGGGAGCUGAGCACGUGUCGGGAGCAGCUCCUGGAGCGGGAGGAAGAGGUGUCGGAGCUGAGAGCGGAGCGGAACAACACGCGGCUGCUCCUGGAACACCUGGAGUGCCUGGUGUCCCGCCACGAGCGGUCACUGCGGAUGACCGUGGUGAAGCGCCAGGCCCAGUCGCCCUCAGGGGUCUCCAGUGAGGUAGAAGUGCUGAAGGCCCUCAAGUCGCUGUUCGAGCAUCACAAGGCACUGGACGAGAAGGUGCGAGAGCGGCUCCGGGCGGCCCUGGAGCGAGUCACCACCUUGGAGGAGCAGCUGGCAGGCGCCCAGCAGCAGGUGUCUGCCCUGCAGCAGGGGGCAGGGAUCCGGGAUGGAGUGGCAGAGGAGGAGGGGACAGUGGAACUGGGACCGAAAGGCCUGUGGAAGGAUGAUGGCCAGGCGGAGGAGCUGCAGGAGCUGCUGGAGAAGCAGAACUUUGAGCUAAGCCAGGCCCGGGAACGCCUGGUCACCCUGACGGCGACCGUGGCCGAGCUGGAAGAGGACUUGGGCACGGCCCGCCGGGACCUCGUCAGAUCGGAGGAGCUGAGCGGCAGGCAUCAGCGGGACCUCCGCGAGGCUCUGGCCCAGAAGGAGGACAUGGAGGAGCGGAUCACCACACUGGAGAAGCGCUACCUGGCCGCUCAGCGUGAGGCCACAUCCAUCCAUGAGCUCAGCAACAAACUGGAGCACGAGCUGGCCAAUAAGGAGUCCCUGCACCGCCAGUGUGAGGAGAAGGCGCGACACCUGCAGGAGCUGCUGGAGGCGGCAGAGCGGAAGCUGCAGCAGACCACGCGCAGGGCCGAGACGCUGCCCGAGGUGGAGGCCGAGCUGGCCCAGAGGAUCGCGGCCCUCACCAAGGCUGAAGAACGGCACGGCAACAUAGAGGAGCACCUUCGGCAGCUGGAGGGCCAGCUGGAGGAGAAGAACCAGGAGCUGGCAAGGGUACGCCAGCGGGAGAAGAUGAACGAGGACCACAACAAGCGGCUGUCAGACACUGUGGACCGGCUGCUUAGCGAGUCCAACGAGCGCCUGCAGCUCCACCUCAAGGAGCGCAUGGCUGCCCUGGAGGAGAAGAACACGUUGAUUCAGGAGCUGGAGAGCUCCCAGCGGCAGAUCGCCGAGCAGCACCAUCACAAGGGCCGCCUGUCUGAAGAGAUUGAGAAGCUGCGCCAAGAGGUGGACCAGCUGAAGGGUCGAGGGGGGCUGCUGGUGGAUGGCAGCCACGCCAGGUCGGGCCCGGGCGGUGCUGCCGACGUGCGGUUCUCCCUGAGCACAACUCCCCACGCUGCCCCGGGCCUACACCGCCGCUACCCGGCUCUGCGGGAAGAGCCUGCCACGGCCUGGGAACCAUCUCCACGGCCCGGGGUGCUGGCCGUCGACAGUGACCCUGAGCUCUCCGACAUGGAUGAGGAUGAGCCAGAGGGCCUGGGGGGCUCCAUGGAUGCCGCCUCCCCCAGCAGCCACUCCGAUGCCCAGACCCUAGCCAUCAUGCUGCAGGAGCAGCUGGACGCCAUCAACGAGGAGAUCAGGGCGAUCCAGAAGGAGUCCACAGAGCUCCGGGCUGAGGAGGUAGAGACGCGCGUGACCAGCGGCAGCACGGAGGCCCUCGACCUGACCCAGCGACGCAAACGCAGCCCCAUCCCCACCUCCCUGACGGCCCUGUCCCUGGCCAGUGCGUCCCCUCCGCUCGGCGGCCGCACCACACCCAAGCUCGCCUCCCGCAGUGCUGCCCAGGACCUGGACCGAAUGGGGGUCAUGACCCUGCCCAGUGACUUAAGAAAGCACAGGAGGUGGCUGCUGUCGCCAGUGUCUCGGGAAGAGAACCGAGAGGAUAAAGCCACCAUAAAAUGUGAGACUUCUCCUCCUUCCUCACCCAGGACGCUGCGGCUGGAGAAGCUUGGCCACCUAGCCUGGAGCCAGGAAGAAGGCAAGAGCGCUCGGGAUGAGCAGGGCAGUGACCCCAGCAGCAGCGAGGACUCCUUGCACAGGGGCGCCAAGCGCAGAGGCCUCAAGUCGUCCAUCAGCCGCCUGUUCGGGAAGAAGGACAAGGGCCGGCUGAUUCAGCAGAGCAGGGAUGGAGCCACGGGCCACGUUCUGCUAAUGGACUCCGAGCUCGGCGUGCAGGAGCCCCUGGUGCCUGCCAAGCUGGGGACCCAGGCAGAGAAGGACCGGCGGCUGAAGAAGAAACACCAGCUGCUUGAAGAUGCACGCAGAAAAGGGGUGCCCUUUGCGCAGUGGGACGGCCCUACUGUGGUGUCCUGGCUGGAGCUGUGGGUGGGGAUGCCGGCCUGGUACGUGGCAGCCUGCCGGGCCAACGUCAAGAGCGGCGCCAUCAUGUCAGCCCUGUCGGACACAGAGAUCCAGCGGGAGGUCGGCAUCAGCAAUGCCCUGCACCGGCUCAAGCUGCGGCUGGCCAUCCAGGAGAUGGUGUCGCUUACCAGCCCCUCUGCUCCGCCCACCUCCAGGACCUCUUCCGGGAACGUCUGGGUCACCCACGAAGAGAUGGAAACGCUGGCAGCCCCCGCCAGGACCACCCUGGCUUACGGGGACAUGAACCACGAGUGGAUUGGGAACGAGUGGCUGCCCAGCCUGGGGCUGCCCCAGUACCGCAGCUGCUUCAUGGAGUGCCUGGUGGACGCCCGCAUGCUGGACCACCUCAGCAAGAAGGACCUGCGUGUGCACCUGAAGAUGGUGGACAGCUUCCACAGGACCAGCCUGCAGUAUGGCAUCAUGUGUCUGAAGAGGCUGAAUUACGACCGGAAGGAGCUGGAGAAGAGGCGGGAAGAGAGCCAGCAUGAGAUCAAGGAUGUGCUGGUCUGGACCAACGACCAGGUGGUUCAGUGGGUCCAGUCCAUCGGGCUCCGGGACUACGCGGGACACCUGCACGAGAGCGGCGUCCACGGCGCCCUGCUGGCCCUGGAUGAGAACUUCGACCACAGCGCGCUGGCCCUGGCCUUGCAGAUCCCCACGCAGAACACGCAGGCUCGCCAGGUGAUGGAGAGAGAGUUCAACAACCUCUUGGCUUUGGGCACAGACCGGAAGCUGGAUGACGGGGACGACAGGGUGUUCCGCCGCGCGCCGUCCUGGAGGAAGCGCUUCCGGCCGCGGGAACUCCCGGGGGGCAUGCUGGUGUCCGCGCCCCCGCCCGCGAGGAAGGUCGAGCCUGAAGCUCGGUCCCACUAUCUCUACGGACACAUGCUCUCCGCCUUCCGGGACUAGCGCGUCCCCGCCGCGGCCCCAGUCUGCUGUGACUCCUGUGGCCCCAGAGGACGGAGUGUUCCCGCCCUCCGACUCGGCGCCCUGAGACCCCGCUGUCCUGUACGUCUGAGGACGUGGCCGGCCAUCUAGUGCUGUGCAAAUUCUGUGGGAGGGACAGCGGCCACCUCUGGGUGGGUGUGACCUCCCCCUCAGCUCCUGGACCUGGUGGGCCUAGACUGCCACCCACUGGGGAAGAGAAAGAUGUCAGACGGUGCCUUGUGGGCCGGUCUAGCCUUCUGGUCCCUGUCCCCGUCCCCAUCCUGUGCCAAACAGCCUGCGUCUGGUGUGGGCACCCCUCAGCAUUCUUCUUCCCUGGAGCACCCCACAGCUGCCUCCAGCACCACCUGGGGCUGGCGGGGAGCAGCAGGCCCCUCUGCCCAGGAUGGCGAGGCUGAGGAGAGGGAGGCUGACCAGGACACUCCAGGCACUGGCUGAGUGGGACGACCGUGCCCACUGUGCGUUUGAGAGGGACAGGGGCCUCAGGCUGGGGAGGAGGGAAGGGAAGCGCUCCACUCCAUAGGCAGGCAGGGCCACGGGAGGUGGGGACAGCGGCCUGUGGUGCCUUAAGCCCAAAGGGCUGUGGGGUGGCCCCGCUGCUGGGUGGGUACAGGGACUGUGCGUCUUCGCUCUGGGGCUGAUCGGCUGUGCACUGCCAGCUGCUCCCAGCACCCCGCCCCUGGUCCCCGCGCCCAUGCUGUGGCACCCCCAGGAGCAGCCUGCUGAGCGGCUUACACACAUGUACAUGGACCUCGGAACCAGCUUUGGGGUGGUUGACUGAGGCACCCUUCCCCGACCCCCGUGGGAGAAAGCAAAGCUUUCCUGUCUGUGGGUCAGGCCCAGGCCAGGUGACUGAGUGUCAGUGAGGCCGGCGCCUCCUGCUCACGCCCAGAGCCCCCCACGUUGCUUGGGGCUCCCGUGCUGGGCAGGGACUGCCUCCUCCGAGAGCUCAGAGACCCGCCAGCUUCCGCCACGUCACUUCGUUUCCCCAGCAGCCAGCACGGUGGCGGCUGCAGCCGGGGCCGCAGUUCCUGGUUCGCUAGGAAUAACAUUCCCAAGAAAUCUCUGCUUCACGCAUUUCCUCACCCUGCCGAGGUGCCUGGGCGGCUUUGGGACCCAAGUUCAGGAUGAGCGGGCGGAAGCCCGGGCGUCAUCGUAGUGUGUGCAGCAUGUUUCCUGGAGGGGGGCUGAGCAGCUGGUUUGCAACCUGAUCGACUGAGGUUCUGAGCAGGGCGGGCGAGCAGGUGGCGUAAUGGCUCAGAGCACCCCGUCCGGGAGAGAUGGAGCCUGGGGCAGUGCCAGGGUCCAGAGCCCUUGGCCACUUUUCGGUGGAGGAGAGGUCCCCAGGUGCAGGCAGAGCCACCACGUGUCAUGCCGUCUCUCGCGGUCCCCUGCCCUCCCUAUUGAUCAGGCCACUGCAAAGGGGGCAGGAGGGGUUGAGCAGAAAAUGAGUCGGUGGUGAGAAAUGCCCUGAGCCUGGGCGGGGGGCAGUCAGAUCAUGGGGAAAACCCAGGUUCCUGAGAUGGUGGAGUUAGGGACCAGGACGCCAUCUGGCUUCAUCAGGGGACUCGAUGGGCGAGCCCCUUCUCUGCACCUGAGCCCUGCACGGUGGUCGUGUCAUAACGCAGCAGCUGGUGGGACCCGGGUCCCCUCAGGGCAUCUUGGGAUUGCAUGGAGGUGACCAAAGGCUGCCGUCCUGGUAUAUCUGUCGCCUCGUGGCCAGUGUACUUGGAGAGUCACCAGUGGCCUGAGCCCCUCACCGGCCCCCUGUCCUUGCCAGGCCCCUCCUCAGUGCCGUCCUGGCUCAGUGCAGCAGGAACAGGUGUGUGGGUGAGCGUGCGUGUGUACGUGCCAAUAAACAAGCUGGUUUUGAGACGCCCUGCAUGUGGCUCUGGUGUUUCGAGCUCACCUGGCAUGUCCAGCUCCCUCCACAGCCCUCAGGGCAGUGAAAGUGGAGUUUAAUGCCCCUCGCACAGGUGUGGAGUGCUGGGGAGGCGGCCGCUGGGGCUGCCCGUGGCCCAGCAGCUCUGCUCACCUGCUCCAGCGCCCCCUCAUCCCCCCAGCUCUGGGUCGGCGUGGCAUAGGAAGCUGCAGGGCCCCCUGUCCCCACCCCCGUCCCAAGUCCAUCCCGCUCAGCAACUCCGUGUCUGCCGAAGCCCAGCACUGACGGCAACUCCCAGACCCUGUCGUGCACCACCUGGGAGGUGUUCCUAGCCGUCCCUAGCUAUACCCAGCAGAAUUAGCGGCGGCCACGCUUUGCCCCAGCUCUCUGCCAGCUGAGAUGCUGUCUGAGUCCCACCCUUGGGUCAGCCUUGUGCCCUCUCUACCCCUCGAUGUGCAGCCUGGACUGAAUAAGCAAGCCAGCCUCUGCCAGACGGGUUUUAUAAGGGUUAGUAUUUAGUGAGAGUGAAACUCACUGGGAAC